AUGGCUGAUACAAUCAGCGAAUCUGAGGUACAUCAUCAUCCUGACGAUGGUCACCACCACCACCAUGCUCUCCAUCUUGCCAAACCUCGCGAUCGACAUGAUGAGGAAUAUCAGGAGGACAUCAGGAUCGCAAACCUCCUAGCCAAGGAGGUGGAGGAGUUGCCACGAGAAUACUUCACCAGCAUUCCCUUGGUCGGCACCAUGGUCUCAAUGUCUCUGACCGUGGUCUCGUCGUAUUUUGGCUUUGCCGUUCCUGCGUCGGUCCUGACAUUCAUCAAUCUAGACAUCGGCCCGAGCACUGACAUGAGCCUCUUUUCCAUCGUAUGGACAUUGUGCAACGCCAUCAGCUUGUUGAUCACAGGACGUGUUUCGGAUAAGUUUGGACGACGUAAUUUUGUGCUCGGUGCUGGAGCACUCGCGAUAAUCGGAGGGAUCGUGGCCUGCACGGCAAAGAAUAUGAACACCCUGAUCGGGGCGAACGUUAUCAUUGGUCUCGCAUCUGGGGUUCAUUCUUCGCAGAGCCUCUUUACUGGAGAGCUGUUACCUCACCGAUAUAAGUUUCUGGCCGUGUUCAUGAUGCUGAUCCCCAUGGUCACAUCCACCGGAUUGGCAGCAUAUAUCGCUCGUGCACUUGUCGAGACGAGAAGCUGGCGCUGGAUCUACUAUAUUUACCUUAUCUUGGUUGGCUCCGGUUGGAUUAUCCAGAUCCUGGUCUACCACCCCCCGACCUUUGAUCAACUCCACGGUGGUCAUCGCUCUCGACGGCGAGAAUUCAAGCGCAUGGACCAUUUUGGUCUCUUUCUGCUCGUUGCGGGCCUCACUCUAUUCAUCCUCGGAGUUUCCUGGGGCGGCAACCCUCAGCCGUGGACAUCAGGGCGCAUCCUCGGCCUACUAAUUACUGGAGGAGUCACACUCAUCAUUUUCGUCAUAUACGAGGUAUACACACCGAGCCCCAACCCGAUUGUCGACAUGACUCUGUUCAAAGAUAUACGAGGCUACGUUUGUCUGAACAUUGUCUCCAUGGCCGCGGGAGCCAUGUACAUCGCCCUGAAUGUCAUUUGGCCUCAACAGGUCGUCCUGGUCUAUGGCUCUGAGAAUCGAGACUGGCAGACUUCGGCUUGGAUGAGUACAGCAAUAGGAUGGGGAAUCUGGGGUGGAAUUAUGAUUCUAUUUCCCUUGGUGUCCGUCAUCAAGCAUCUGCGCCGCCAGGUCUUGGUACUUCUCAUAUUCAGCCUCGCCUUUACCGCCGCCCUUUCUCAGGUCAACCGCUCUCAGAAGAGCCAGGCCAUUGCGUUCGCAUUUCUCACCGCAUUCCCGAUAGGAUGGCUGGAAACAGGUACGACAAUUAUGGUCCAGCUUGAUGCUCAGGACGCAGAUGUUGGCAUGGUCUAUGCUGUGCUAUCCGGUCUGCGGUCGAUUUCGGGCGCCGUCUUCACGGCCGUCUUCGUGGCGAUCCUCAAUUCCAAAGCCACCGCCAAGGUCGGUGCGUACGUGACGCGCGCCGCCCUCCAGGCCGGUCUCCCCCAGUCCUCGCUCGUGCAACUCUUUCAGGCGAUUCAGACUCAGUCCGCCGAGGCACUGGCCAGCGUCCCGGGAAUCACCAUAGAGAUACAAGUUGCUGUCGCUCGUGCCGCCGAAGAUGCUUAUGCCGACGCAUUUGCCUACGUCUACUACGCCGCCCUGGCUGUCGGCGGCGUGGCCGUUCUCGCGGCGCUGUAUAUGAAGGACUACGACCGCUAUAUGACAGGUCACACACCUAAGCAGAUUUAUGGCCGAGGGGGGGUCAGGCCCGAGUUGACGGUCGACGUGGAAAAGAAGGAUAUUGGGGAAGAUGUGAAGACGCAUCACGUCGCAUCACAUGAAGAGGAAAGUGUGCGGCCAACUGAGUAG